AAGGAUGAAAAGAACAUUAUCUUGGAAGAAUAUCCGGAACCAAGUAUUAGAUUCUUAGAAGCAACAAUGUUAAAUUGUUUCAAUAGAAAAUUAAGGGACUACGCUGUAUGUAAUAGAACUUUGUUAUCGAAAGACACUCUUUGUAUGCAUUAUAUGAUGGAUAUGAUGCUUAUGUCUUUGGUGCUUCUAAACGAUUCUGAUGAUGAAAACGACAAUAGGAGUAUAGGUGAUAUAAGUAAUGAAAGUAACAGAAGCGGAGAACUCGUCAGUACUGACAUUUUGAACGGUAGUGAUGGUAUUGAGAUUUUGAAUAGGAGAGGGUGUAUUAGUAGUGAGAUUCAUUACACAAUUCUUUUUUUGAAUACGACAGAUUUCCAGAGCAGACCAUACGAUUGUACGCAAAAACGUUGCAAAAACUUUGAUACGGAUGCAGCUUUGGAUCAAAUUAUUGCACACUACUAUAUACCUGAUCUGCGUAAUUUAGAAUAUGAUGCUAGUAAACCUCAUCCAACAAUCAAGUAA